CAACAAAUUGGGGGUGAAAACCGGGUGAAAACUAUCCAUAAUAACCUCUCAUCUGCUCAAAUUAGUAGUUCAGUGCAUCACACUACCCAUACCCAUAGCCCUGCUCAAAUCAGAAAUUCGUGAGCGAUUCUCCUCACGGACUGCAUGACUAGUACAGCCUACUUUCUGUUUCAUCGCUUCCCCAGUAAUCCGUUUUGCAUGCACACGCAGCUUUUUCUGUUUAACCGAAGAAACUCUUUUCUCCCGCACACCAAAACGCAGAGAUGUUGAGGAAGAAAUUGCUAGUUUUGUUGAAACCAAUGACUAUUUACCCACCCAAGUUAGCUGAUGGAUUCUCUCGCAUAAGAAACCCUCUGAUAUCCCUAUGGCUUCACUUGGUUGUCAGUAUCCAUGGAUUGAUAUCUUCAGAGAAAAGACUGUUUCUAAACCACUUGGACAGCAGAGUAAAGGUUCAUAAGGAAGCAGUAAAAUUCUGUGAGGAUAUUUUGCGGCGAAAAUCAGUUGACUGGGUACCUGUUUUGCGUGACAGUGUAUCUGAACCAAUCUGCGAUGUAGACAUGGUAAUCACUAUUGGUGGUGAUGGUACUGUUUUGCAUGCCAGUCACUUCGUGGAUGAUACAAUUCCACUUCUGGGUGUGAAUUCUGAUCCUACACAAGACGAAGAAGUAGAGAAAUUCAACGACAGUUUUGAUGCUUCUAGGAGUACUGGUUACCUCUGUGCUGCAACUGUCAGUAACUUUGAACAGGUGUUGGAUGGUAUCCUCGAGGGACGCAAAGAGCCUCAUGAACUAUCAAGGGUUGGUAUAAGGGUGAACAAUCAUAUACUGUCAAAAUGCGGCCUAAAUGACAUACUAAUUUCACACCCUUGUCCUGCAUCAGUUUCUCGUUUCUCAUUCAAAAUCAUGGCCUGUGGUGAACCAAUCUACCCCAUGGUGAAUUCUCGAUCAAGUGGGCUUAGAGUUUCUUCUGCUGCUGGAUCAACGGCCGCCAUGCUUUCGGCAGGAGGUUUUCAAAUGUCUGUUUCAUCUCAAGACCUUCAGUAUAUGGUUAGAGAACCCAUUUUAUCUAGAGCUUCCAACGCCAGCUUGAUGCAUGGGUUUAUCAAGUCUGGUCAAUCGAUGCAUGUGACAUGGUAUAAUGAAGACGGCAUUAUAUAUAUAGAUGGAUCCCAUGUUAAACGUUCAGUGCGGCAUGGAGAUGCCAUUGAAAUCUCUUGUAAAGCUCCACCCUUAAAAGUGUUCUUGCGCCAACACUCAUUAGCAUAAGUACAUUUGUACAUAUUAAAAUUUAAUUCACUUCUGGUAAACAAGUUCGUACAUGAUUAA